AUGACCGCAUCGGCUACUCGUUCACGUGUAUUAAGCCUUUACCGGCAGUUAUUGCGUGAAUCCAAUCGAUUUGACUCUUAUAUGUACCGCAAUUACGCGCUCCGGAGGGUUAAGGACUCGUUCAGACAACACAAGGGCAUCACCGAUGGGAACACCAUCGAGACACUGAUGGCCGACGGCCACCGCAAUCUCGAGAUAAUCCGCAGGCAAACCGUUAUCAACCGUUUGUAUAAAAGCGAUCGACUGGUGGUGGAAGACGUGGCCACUGCUCGCCGUACUUAA